UAAAAAGACUGAGAAAACAGAGGGAGGGAGGAAAGCCUCUUCUGAGAAAACAAACCCUUCUAUCUUUCUUAUAACUCCUGUUUUCCUCUUCAGAAUGACUCUCUUAACUACAUGUAAUAUAAUUAUUUUAUUUAAUGCAUUUACAUUCCACCUUUCAGCCUGAAAAGUUCUCAGAGCAACUUACAAAAUAAACAAAACAGCCGCCUCUGUCCUCCAGCUUAUAGACUAAGUUUAAGACAUGGCACAAAAGGGGUAGGGGAGAGGAGGGAUAAGGAAAAACGAAGACAACUGCAGGAGGCCAGCUUAUUCCAGUUCCCCUUGCAAAAUAAGCAGGGUGGACAGAGGAGGAGUGUUUUAAACAAGGCAAAUAUUCCGCUCCUGCACUGUGUUUAUCUAUUUUUGCUCAAGUUUAGUUGAGGACCGUAACUGUGGGUGCCCCGAAGGAGGAAGUGGGUCCAAUCCGACUUCCUCUUGCUUGAGAGACAAUUUGUGGUUUCUUCGCUCGUAGCAACGGCAGUGCUGGAUGUUGGGGGGGGCAGGGAGGGGUUGUUGUGUUGUGCGCUGUGUGUUGUUCAAAUCCCAGGAGCUUUGCAGGAUGGGUGGAAAUGCUCUGGAGAGGCACCCGCCCUUCGGGAGGCCUCUGACAUUGUGCAGCUGCCUUCUCUUGGGGCGGGUUUGCUGUUGGUGGGGGUGAAUCGGGGCCCGCGUAGCCGGCCGGAUCGUUGGGAUGCUGGGGAAGAGCGGGAGUGGCAGGACAAGCGCCAGCCCCACCCCGUCGGCCGUCCUGCGGAGGAAAGUCGCCAAAGCUGGCGGGCACGUUCUGGACUCGGUCUCCUGGCGGGCGAGCGUGUGGCUUAAGGAGCUGCCCCGGAGAGAUGGCGUGGAAGGGCCCACGGCCAGCCUGGCCGAGCCGGCGUCCUCCACCAGCCUCGGCGGCACCCUCAAGCGCCCCACGAGCCUCAGCCCCCAUGCCAGCGCCGCUGCUGGCGGGUUCCCGCUCUCGCCGGCUAUCCCCCGAGGCCUGGCCAAAGGGCACAAGACCCCGCUGGCCUACAGCCCCGGUGGGGAGGGCAGUGGGGCCGCCACGGAAGGGAGCCUGGCCGAGCUGGAGGACAUUGCCCAGCUCCUGGCUGAGGUGGCCGUCUUUGCCGAGCGCCUCGAAAAGCUGAAGGAUGUGGUGCUCCAGGAGGAUGGAGCAGAAUCACGACGCUCCUUGGCCCACGAGUGCCUGGGAGAAGCCCUCCGAACCCUUCGGCAGAUCUUUGGCCAUUACCCGCUGCUCAAGACCUUGGAGACCCUGACCGCGGCUGGGACGCUGAUCUCCAGGGUCAAAGGCUUCCAUUAUGAAUCCAACAACGAGUCAGAGAAACGGGAGUUUGAGAAAGCUGUGGAGAUGAUCGCCGUGUCCUUCAGCAGCACGGUCUCCGAAUUCCUCAUGGGCGAGGUGGACAGCAGCACCAUCCUCUCCAUGCCCCCUGGCGAGUCCAUGGAGAACCUGUAUGGAGGGUUGUCCAGCCAGGGGGCGGAAGAGGCCUCGGACGGCACGCAAGACUUUGGCUCAGCCCGUCUGUCGGCCGAAGAGGUGGACGUCCUCCUCCAGAAGUGCGAGGGCGGCGUGGAGGUGGCGCUCAAGUACACCAAGAACAUUUCCAAGUACAUGAAGGACCUCAUCUACUACCUGGACAAAAGGAUUGCGCUGGAGAUGGAGUUUGCCAAAGGGCUUCAGAAGAUGGCGAACACCUGCAAGCAAACCCUCACCCAUGAGCACCACAUGCCCUUCCUCUCCAUCUACUCCUUGGCCCUGGAGCAAGACCUGGAAUAUGCCGUCAACUCCCUUCAAGCAGGAGCCACCCUGCGGACGGAGACCUUCCUGCAGCCCCUGCAAGCGAGGCGCCAGGAGCACGAAAAGCGUCGUAAAGAGGUCAAGGAGCAGUGGCACCGGGCCCAGAGGAAGCUGCAAGAGGCUGAGAACAAUUUGCGGAAGGCCAAGCAGCUGUACAUGCAGCGCUCGGAGGAGUGCGAGAAGGCCAAGCAUGUGAUGGCGAAGGCGGAGGAGGAGCAGCUGGGCACCGGGGGCACCACCUCGGGCACCACCACCACCAAGGCCCUGGACAAGAAGCGCCGGCUGGAGGAGGAGGCCAGGAACAAGGCGGACGAGGCCAUGGCCACCUACCGGACUUGCGUGGCAGAUGCCAACACCCAGAAGCAAGAGCUGGAGGACACCAAAGUGACCUCCCUGCGGCAGCUCCACGAGGUGGUCAAGCAGAGCGACCAGGUCAUCAAGUCAGCCACCAUCUCCUUCUACCAGAUCAUGCACAUGCAGACAGCCCCGCUGCCGGUCUACUUCCAGACCCUGUGUGAAAGCAGCAAACUCUACGACCCGGGACAGCAGUACGCCUCCCACGUCAAGCAGCUGCAGAGAGGGGACGAGCCGGAGACCCAGUAUGACUUCGAGCCCUACGUCUCACAGAACAACUGGUCUCCGUUGACUCGGGCCCGAAAGGGCAGCUACAGCACCAGCGAUUUUGGAGGAGCGGGCAGUGCCUCCGAGGCGGCCACCGCCAGCAAAGAUGAGGGUGACGUGGCUGCCGGGCGGGAACGGAGAGGCGGAAGAGGCCACCAAGUGCACAAGUCGUGGCCCACCCCAACGAUCAUGGAGACCAAGGGCACCCCGGAGUCCUGUGACCCGUGCUCAGGUGACCCCGCCGAGAAGGCCCGCCUGGUUCCGUCCGGCCGGUCCUUGUCUCCUGGAGACGAUCUGGACGGGAAUUCGCCUUCCUUUGAGCAAAGUAUCAGCGCCAUGGGGCCAGGCCUCUCUGCCCCCACCGGCCCUUUCCGGAGCUCAGGCUUGUCCAAAGCGGCGCAGACCCACCGGCUGCGGAAGCUGCGGACCCCGGCCAAGUGCCGCGAGUGCAACAGCUACGUCUACUUCCAGGGAGCCGAAUGUGAGGAGUGCUACCUGGCCUGUCACAAGAAGUGCCUGGACACGCUGGCUAUCCAGUGCGGGCACAAGAAGCUCCAGGGGAAGCUGCGCCUCUUCGGGCAGGACUUCGCACGGGCCUCCCAUGCCAGCCCGGACGGCGUCCCCUUCGUCCUCAGCAAAUGCAUCCUGGAGAUCGAGAGGCGGGCCAUGAAGACCAAGGGCAUCUAUCGGGUCAAUGGGGUAAAAACCCGCGUGGAGAAGCUCUGCCAGGCCUUUGAGAACGGGAAGGAGCUGGUGGAGCUCUCCCAGGCCUCCCCCCACGACAUCAGCAACGUCCUGAAGCUAUACCUGCGGCAGCUCCCGGAGCCGAUCCUGCCCUUCCGCCUGUACAACAGCCUGAUGGGGUUGGCCAAGGAGAGCUUGCAAGGGGGACCCGACGGGAGCAAGGCCGGCAAGAGCAUCACGGAGCUGGUGGACAAAGGGGCCGAGACGGAGCAGGCGAUCGUGACGCUGGUGACAAAAUUGAGGGAGCUGCUGAAGGAACUGCCGCCCGAGAACCGGGCCACCCUCAAAUACCUGGUGGAGCACCUCCAGAGAAUCGUAGAAGUCGAACAAGACAACAAGAUGACGCCCGGCAACCUGGGCAUCGUCUUUGGCCCCACGCUUAUGCGGCCCCGGCCCACGGAGGCCACCAUCUCCCUCUCGUCGCUGGUGGACUAUCCCCACCAGGCUCGCAUCGUGGAGGCCCUCAUCAUCUUCUAUCCGGCCAUCUUUGAAACCUCCGAUAACCUGCUUGUGGAUGGCUCAGAAGACGGGACCGAGCACGGAAAGGAGCCGGAAGACGCAAGCGCACAGCCAUACAGGGAAGCCCCAUACCUUGCGGCAUCCACAGAAUCAGCAGAGGCUGCUCUCCAUGAGAACACUUUCAGAGGAUCCAGCACUCAUUUCGUGGAUUCGGAUUCGGACCUGGAAGAUGGCGCAGAGACCGGCGCUGCAGGAGCCCCGCAAGCCGCCUUGGCCCGAGGCAGCGAGAGCAGCGGCGACGAGGAGAACCCAUCCGGGGAUGAAGGCAGCGAGGAAGGCACCCCGGGCCGCCCACGCAGCACCGGCCAGUCGGAUCCAGAGGACGCCUCGCCUCCGCGGUGCCGCCUGAGCCCGGCGGAAGAUGGCGGUGCUGGGGGCGAAGACAGCGUCUUUGGGCCAGAAGGCGAGGCGGAGGGUGGCGGAGGGCCGGGCGCCAGGCGGCUGGGGAGCUGCAACACCAACCAGUCGAACAACACGUUCCUCUCGGCACGGCUGGGCUUCCGCUGCAAGAUGCCCGCGUGACGGCCUGGCACAGGCUUCCCUCCGACCUCCACACUGAGCCCCAGCAGUGAGCGAACAUGGGGGUGGGGGAGGCAGCCUCCCAAAGAGAGGAGAUGAUAGUCCAGGGCCCUGCCUGGACCUCCCUCUGCCUUCUGGCACCGUUGCACCCAAACCUCUCUGCCUGUUUUUGAUAACCAAACACAGAAAAAGGGCACCUUAAGGUGUGUAAGCACCUGAGCAGUGGGGAAAGGUUCUCCCCCCACCUACCCCUGGCAACUUCCCAGGGUGUUUUCAGAGAACCACCCUAAGGGUGGGGGGGGCAGAGCUGCAUGAUCUUUUAAGCACAGAAGGAGCUCUCUUGCUCUCUCCUUGUGAAUGGAGACAGAGAAGGACACUUUUUAAUUUAUGUCUCCAGAGCUUUCUUUUGCAGAUUUUUAUAAUAAUAAGGCCAGUUACUUUUAUUUUAAAAUAAAAUCAAGUUGAAACAGC